UGUGUUCCCAGUACUAUAAACUUCCAUCCGUCAUUCACCGCCUGAAUAUCACCCCGUCCUCUCCGCUCGUAACCAUGUCUGCGACCGUCAACAUCUUCCCAUUUCUCUUGCACACGACCGCCGCCGCCGUCAUGGUCUACGGGUAUCUCAACCUUCCAGACAUGGUGGCCAACGUUCCCAUGCAUAACAUGAAGGGCGGUCACUUUCAGUUCCUGACAAUCCAAGGGCUUUGUGUGGCAUGCAUUACCAUGGUGCUUAGCAUCGGUUGUGAUUUGUUCCCCUUCUCUAAAUUGCUCCGAGCAGCCAAGCGUGCUUUCCUCAUGAGUGCCCUCCCGCUCGCUGUUGUGAUCUCCGUCAUUUACUGGACGCUCCUCUUGUGCAUGCCGCACAUGAUUCUCAUGGGUCCUCCCAACUCGGAGAGGGAGCCUUCAUCAUCGAGUACCCUCCCCGAACCGGAGCGAUUACCUCUGCAACUUGACCUCGCACUUCAUGCCGCUCCCGCAAUUGCUUUGAUCGUCGACUUCUAUUCCUUCGAAGACAAGUACACGAAGUUCGUUAGUCGGUACGGUUCACUCAUCCUCGCUUCCGCUUUGGGAACUUGGUAUGCCUGCUGGGUGGAAUACUGUGCGAGCUACAAUGGCAUGUUCCCGUACCCCUUCCUUACCAACAGUCCAUUUAACGUGCGUGUAGCAAUAUAUGCGGGAGCCUCGCUUUUCGCCGCCGUGUCUUUCAUGGUCAUCAAUGCUCUGCACCCAUGAUACAUUUAUGCAGUGCCUAUUCCUGAGAACCAAUGCUACGUUACAUCCUGUGAUACUACAUAAUCUGCUAUACCUGC